GAGCCUGUACCUGUCUACUGCUCAGAGUUGGUCAGGUUAGAUUGGAACUGAAGGACACUAGCUUCUUAGUUGCAAGCUGAACAGUAUUAUGAGCCUGACUUGAAAUUACAAUUUUUAAACAAAAAAGCCAAACCGCUCCUCUCAUUUUUUUAGUUUUGGUGGUCAUACCUGCAUACAUUCUUGGGAUAAACCAGCUGAACAAAAUCGUAAACUUUGAAACGAUAUAUAUAAAGCUAAGUGUGUGAAUUUUGGUGGUUGGCUGGCACACAUUCUGGAGAUAAGUAAGUGGUGGUGUACCCCUCUUGUCUUGAGUUUGCCUCCUACAAGUUCCAGCAGAUGAGGACGGUGAUGCUACACUUGGGAUGAAUUAACACUGUCAUGUCUGACAGAAGACACAAAGGAAGACUUCCAUACCUCGGCUUUGGACCAGAACCCCUGGAAGGUGUAUGCUUUGAUUGGACAAAUUGGCAGCAAAGGAACACUCUGCAUGUGCAAGUGUCCUCGUUGUGGAAUGUUUGAUUGUAAAUACAGAUUUUCAAGCCCUCGUGUUGAAAGAAGUGUUUUUGCUUGUUGGCUCAGAUGCUGAAUGUGAAACCUUUUUGUCAUAUGAAGUUCCAUGUGAGACUUGUGAAACAGAAGUAGUCGGAGUCUAGGUUGACUUGCAAAAUAGUAACAAGAGAGGCCGAUAUGUGAUGAUAUGCAACAGAUGUUAAAUGGAGAUGAAAGUUGAUUAUUCCUGAGUUCAUGGCCAUAUCAUAACCAACAAGAAUUGGUGGUCUUGUAGACUGAGUGCAUAAAUUGUUGACUUUCUGCCAAAUUGUUUUCUCAGAGACACAGAGAGGUAAUAUAUUUCCAGAAACAAUGGAUGAGGUUGUCUGAAUGGAGAAGAGUCGUUUGGAAUAUGUGGUUUAGUUUGACCUCGAAAGAUCAUUCUAGCAAGUGGUUUUGGUGGUAGGGUUGUACGCCUUCCACUUCUGCUUCAUCAACAGGAAUAACUACGCACUGGGACAGAUAUAUAUCAACUGUCCGACUAUAUUGGAACAAGUGCUCACUCUGGAGGAUUCUGUGGAAUGUAGUUGGACACAUUUGCAGUUAUUUUCGGUAAAGAAUUUCUUUUUGGAUGUGUCUGACUGGAAAAAGAGGUUCUGUUUGGGAGUUGUUGUUUUGUGCUUGGGUUAUGUUUUGAUCAAUGUCUUUGGAUGGACCAUAUAGCUGGGAUAUUGCUGAGUGCGGCGUAAAACUAAACUCACUCACUCACUCUUUGGAUGGACUAAGCAGUACAUGGAAUAUUCUUCAGUAAGAACAGUGUGUUACAGUGACCACGAGGUUUAGUACUUGAUUUCUGUACAAGGUAUUGUAAAGUUACUGGAUUAAGUUCUGAAAAAUCUUAUUCACAUUUUCAUUCAUUGUUUUCAAGUUUUGUUACUAAAACAAACUGCCAGUGUAUUAUAGGUUUAAAUUGUUACCAUUUGAAAAUCCUGUUGGGUUGCAUUUUAAAUGGAGGGAUAACUGUAGAACCUAGUGUUAUCUCAGUUGUUUACCUGAGUUUAGUAAUAUGAGUAACAUAUGUACUCCUUUAGCCUAAACAAAUAAUGAGGCAUUUCAACAACGGAAAAAUGGUUUUGGCAUUGAUAGAGGAAUGUUUAGUUGAGUAAGCGUGCAAUCAGGGCUAGUAUUUAACAGGUCACGGUCUAUGGCCAUUAGGAUUAUGGCAACAAAGGUGGACCGUAAUCACAUACAGUCCGGUGAUGUUGUUAACCACCACAAGUAGGGUACUCCACUGUUGAUUAUUACAGUCUUACUGACGUCUAGAAUUAUAAGUGUGGUGAUUUCCAGUGCUCGUUAGUUUACCUGCCAGGUAUGAUAUAGGUGUUCACAGAUAUAGUAUCGGUGUUUCACAAGACCAGGAGGGGACGUACAGCACCCCUAGAGAGCUGGUAUCAACUACCUACUAUAACAAUAGCAGGUGUUGAUUACAGUCUGAAAUGAGUUUGUUCCUGCAGGGCUAGCCACGGCUGAGUUAUUGUAACAAUCCCAUAAACUGUGUACCUGUGGGGUCUGGUUGGAAGGCUGAUGGAUCUACAUGUACAAGGAAUUAUGCAUACUACGUGACAAUUCAUUAAUGAACUGACCCUUGCUUACUAUCUGCCGGAUUUAUCACCUGUCACCCCUACUGAAGAUAAUGGACUCACCCAGUGUCAAAGGCUGGUGGAACAUAUCGCUAGCUGUGCUAUUCAUAAAUAAAUCAAGUAAUCAGACAAGUUGUUUUUGACUGGUCAACCGGUCAGUCUACCCUUUAACUGUACUGUAUAUUUGACAUAGCCAGGUAGAUGGCUGUUACCAGUGUAGAAAUGAAUGCAAUGAAGCAGGUGCGAGGCCAAGAGCCGUAACUCCUCUGAUGUUCUGCUGUCAAGUGUUUCAUAGCUAUGAGUCGCUGGAGACAAUUUUCCACACGUUCAGCCUGAAUACUCCGGGUAGGACAGCAUACCUAUGAUCUCCGAAGCAUUGUGAAAUUGGAAUUUAUUCAAGCUGCUUAGCACAUGGGCUCAAAGAAAAGCAAGUUGAUGUGUCAUAAUUGUAUAUAUCACAUGUACACAUGUAGAUAGUUAUGUGACCCAGGCUUGGAUUACAAUGUGAGGACAGUUUUAUUUGAAUUCCGAGGAUGACUACAACAAGCAUUAUAUUUUAUCAUCACAAAUUGAAAUCAGUUUUGUGAUUCCAGUUUGCUGAGGAGAAUUUACACCAGAGGACAUGUUCCAUACACCUGUAUUCAUUACGAUCCUUUCGUAGAUUUAGUUUCUCAAUGGGCAGAGGAUGAUAGAAAACGACAGGUCAGUUCACACAUGCGAAAAUUCCUGGUACUUUGGACAGCACCCAGAACGAAAAAAGGAUCAAAGUUGUGCUGGAUAAAACAAUCAUUGGAUGCACAAUGCUACUGCUUAUAGUGAAUUUAUACAAAGUUUGGAUCGUAAGGUCCUGUUCUAUGAUAAUGUCUAUGUGCCAUGAUACAAAGGGAUAGAAAAAUAUGGCAAAAAUGGAUGACAGCUUUGAGAUUGAGGAGGACUUAUGGUCUUCCCCGUUGAUGAAUUAUAAAUCUCCAUUUGAGGAUUAUAAGGAUUUAUAUGAAGACUAUGGGGCCUCACGAUCCACCAAAAUACCUGUGUUUACAUUCGAACGACCUCCAUCUCGGAGUGACCGAAGUGAAGAUGAGACAGACUUCGCCAAGCCCAUGACCUCAAAAGUGCUGCACACAAAGCGGCCAAUCCCCAGCACCGGGACUUUGGGAAGAAAGGGCAUCACAUCGGCCAAGGGCAGUGGGACAUCUGCCCAACUAGCGUAUAAACGGAAACGCUCAGGAUCAGCAACAUCUGUGUCUGGCGGUGUCGAUGAGGAACUCUUCAUCAAGUCUUUUGAAGAUGUUCCGAAAGUAUCAAUGUACUCAGCGAGAGAUCUGCAGGACAACAUCAAGAAGAUCGAAGCUGUCCUAAAUGACCCCAGCAAUGACUGGGAGAAAAGAAAUGAUUCUAUGAGGCAACUUCGAGCCCUGAUAGUAAACGGAGCAGCCGAGUAUGACGACUUCUUCCAAUUGCUGCGGACACUUGAACCUUGCUUUAUGCUUGCCAUCAAGGACCUCCGAUCUCAGGUGGUCAGAGAGGCCUGCAUCACAGUGGCUUACCUGGCCAAGUCGUUAGGCCACAAGGCCGACCAUCUGUACGAGUCCCUGUUUCCUCAUCUCUUCAAUCUCAUCCCCAACGGUGCCAAAGUCAUGUCCACGUCAGGCAUCGUCUGCAUCAGGUUUAUCAUACAGUUUUCCCACUCUUCCCGCCUAAUUCCAAUCAUUACCGGCACCUUCUCUUCCAAGUCCAACGUCAUAAGGAGAUACACAUGUGAGUUCCUGAACCAACUGCUGCACACCUGGCCGACCCACAGUCUGGAGAAACACAUCGCCAUCCUCCAGGACUGCAUCAAGAGGGGCAUCAGUGAUGCAGACUCCGAAGCCAGGGCUUUCUCCAGAAAAGGUUUCUGGGGCUUUGCUGAACACUUCCGGGACCAGGCAGACGCCCUCCUCAACACCCUCGACUCUUCCAAACAGAAGAUGCUGCAGGGAGAACUCAGCAACUCCUCCAGCAACAACUCCCUCAACAGCGACCGCGACACUCUCAAGGUGGCUGCAAAGGCCCGACCACGCUCCCACAGUACAGACAGAACAGACAGUGGAACACUCAGUCGAACUGCGAGUACUCGACGUUCAGGAGCAGCUCGAAUCAGCUCAUCUCGCAGCGAUGCAGGUGGAGACUCGGAUUUUGAAGUCGACCUUGACAUUCGUCGAGCAGCAGCUAAACCUUAUCAGUCUCCCUAUGCUCAGACGAUUAUUCGUUCUAGUAGCGCAGCGGAUUUGAGCGGGACAAACGGUUCCCCGACGAAGCCUCGUUCAUCAUCUAUGUUAAUGGCCUCUAGGCUAGCAAAGGGAUCUACCAACUCACUGCCUCGUCAGAAGUCUAGCAGCAUGAGUAGUAAAACGGUCACAAGUCUUGUGACUCCUGAUCGCAGCCGAUCUCGCUCCAGGAUAGGUGUCUCUCAGUCUCAGCCUAACAGUCGGUCUGGCUCUCCAUCGUCCCGACUUGGCUACAUCACCCACAACUCAGGUCGUGUUGACCCCAUGGCUUCGGGUCGUCCCCGGAAGUCCGGCAUCCCCCGGAGUCAGGGCACCAGCAGGGAGGGGAGUCCCAACAGACAUACAUACGGUCGGGAAAGAAGAUUGAGUGGAAGCAAAGUUAGCCAUGGCUCAAAAGGUGCAGUUAUGGCCCAGCGAUUGCUGCGGCCUGGCUCUGAUGUGGAGGAUGCUCUGUUUGAUGCUCUGCAACGGGGACCGGCAAAGAAAAGGUUUGACAUGUACGAUUCCGACGACAAUGCAAGCGAGACAUCCAGCGUGUGUUCUGAGCGGUCAUAUAACUCGUACAGUGGCCGGACAUCAGAGGCGGACUCCGAUAUGGAUCGGAGACAUCGUCACCCGAAGGUCAAGCAUCAAAGCCUGUUGAGGUAUUCUCCCAACACAGUUGUGACGGAGGAGGACAUGCAGGAGAUCAUCGCUCAGCUCGGCAGUGGCUCAUACACAGAGAGGAAAGAGGGGCUCAUAUCCUUACAGCAUUUACUUAGAAUGAAUAGAUACCUUAGUCGUGUAGAAUUGAAAAAGGUUACAGAGAUUUUUACUAGAAUGUUCCAUGAUCCACACAGCAAGGUGUUCAGCAUCUUCCUGGACACACUGGUGGAGCUGAUCGGCCUCCACUGUCGGGAUUUGCUGGACUGGCUCUACAUCCUCCUCACUCGCCUCCUCAACAAGACAGGCGCAGACAUGCUGGGAUCAGUCUACGCUAAACUGCAGAAAGCUUUAGACACUGUUAGAGAAAACUUUCCAAGUGAUCAUCAGUUUAAUACAAUUACAAAAUUCAUCAUAGAUUCAACACAGUCCCCUAAUCUGAAGCAAAAGGUUAAGAUAGCCAUGUUGCAUUACCUCAAUAGUCUGAUUAUUCACAUGGCGUCCUCCGACUUUGUAAAUACAAUGGAUGUCCGGUUAGCAGUCUCUAGAAUCAUCACAUGGACAACAGAACCAAAGAAUACAGAAGUUAGAAAAGCUGCCCAGCUAGUCCUCAUAGGUCUCUUCAACUUGAAUGCCCCAGAGUUUUCCCUCAUGCUAUCAGCGUUGCCCAAAGCAUUCCAAGAUGGUGCCACUAAGAUAUUACACAACCACAUUCGCACAACGAGCGAACCAAUGGAUGUACUGUCUCCCCGCAAUGCAGCCAGCCCUGGGCAGCAGAGGAGCCGGCCUCCAUCUCGGUCAAGUAUCGGCCAUCCAGAUGAGUUUGAGACGGAGAACUUGAAUCCAGAGGACAUUUACAAUUCCAUUAAAAAGACUUCUGCUGACAUCCAAAAUCUUAGCAUAAACAGCAAACUGGACCAUUACGAUGAUAUUAAAAAGAAACGUGAGUUCACAUCGCAGGAUUCUGGGAUUCAGGACUUACGGAACGACAGCCCCGAUGCUGUGGAUGGUGGGAAGAGGGCACUGCAUUAUAACCCGUCACACUACCAGGAGGAAGUCAGGAAUAGGAAUGCAAUGAAUGGCUACAAUAACAAGCUUGCCCUGGCCGAGGCAGUGUAUGACGGAGAGAAUGACUUUUUCAAUAAAGCUCCAUGGCACACCCUCUUGCUAGGGUCCCCUUCGUAUGGUUCGUCACCAGACCAGGGUGAACUCAUCAGUGAGAUUCUUAAUGAGUUAUCAAAUCACAAUGAACGGAAUUCGGAGCGUCAGAAAGCGAUGAUCACCUUGAUGGAGAUCACCCGCGAUGACCAGUUCGGUCUGUGGGAUGAGCACUUCAAGACUAUACUGCUUAUCCUGCUAGAAACUUUAGGAGACAAUGAUAGUCAGAUCCGAGCUUUAGCCAUUAAAGUUCUGAGGGAAAUUCUGAAGAAGCAGCCAGACCGAUUCAAGGAUUACUCCGAGUUGACCAUCUUGAGAAUACUUGAGGCUCACAAAGAUCCAGCCAAGGAGGUGGUGUUGUCAGCGGAGGCGUGUGCUGAUACCCUGUCUACAGCCAUCCCAGCAGAGCAGUGCAUGAGGAUCCUCAACCAGAUAGUGCAGACAGCACACUACCCUGUCAUCCUGGCCGGAAUCAAGAUGCAGACAAAGGUGGUGGAGAGGCUGGACAAGGAGUUUCUGGAGAAGAUGCUGGCAGAUGUAGUCCCAGGUUUACUCAGGGGUUACGAUGCUCAGGAAAGCAUGGUGCGGAAGGCCAGUGUUUUCUGUCUAGUUGCAAUACACCUGGGGGUGGGGGAGGUGCUGAGGCCAUACCUACAGGAGCUGUCGGGAAGCAAGAUGAAGCUCCUGAACCUGUACAUCAAGAAAGCCCAGGCCCAGAAGGAUGACCCACGCAGCGUCCAGUCACCAGUUAUGUCUGACACGUGACACUUCCACCAUCAACUCCUGUAGCAACGAGUGCUGUGCCGUGUGAAACACACCCACCUAGCCUGCGAUUGGCUCCACACCGGCCAAUCAGACUGCUGUAUUCCAAUCACAUGACUACCCAUCAGCCAGUCAAACGGAAAAAGAAAAUAAUUAAAAAAAAGACUUGUGGCCUUUUCCAUGUAGAACCGAAGUGCUAGCCGACAUUGUGAUUCUCAUAUGCACACCUAAAAGUGAGAACUGUCUGCUAAUGUCUGUUCCUGCUGCUAGGGCUUGGUCUAUAGCGCUAUCACUGUAUCCGUGUCAGUGUGGCAUCUUCCUGGCUUGCUUCCAUCCAUACUUGGUCGUAGUGUUCCCAAACAGAACGGAAAUACUUUAGGUUUAUUCUGGACACUGGAUAGGACAAGCCACUAUUUGAUGCAAUGAAAUGUUUAUGAUAUACCUUUUCAUACUUAUCUGUAGCACAGAUAUGACCAUGGAGUUUUUACAUGUAUGAAUGUGAUACCAGAAAAUAGAGCUUUCUGUGUCAUUUUAAUUCAUUUUUUGGGCACUGUAACUUGUUCAUGUUCUCAGUAUGCGAAUAAGUUGUUUGUGUCAUCAGUAAAGGCCAGGUCAUUCUCACAGACAAUUGUAAUAUUUCUUGAUUCAGUGUGUAAGUCAUUCUGUCAUUUACGUAAAAUAGUUAACAUUUUUACAUAUUCAUAAAUGGAUACGGUAGGUUACUAUCUUAAAAUAGUCAAGCUUAAUGACCAAGAUAACUAGGAAACCAGAUGGUUCAAGCAAUAUAAUUUGAGAACAUGUUAAAAUUAAGCAAUAAACGUUUGUCCAUCCUAUGCAUUUGAGGUUAAUAGACGAGUUUUAAGCUAGUGAUUGACGUUCAGUGCAUUUGACAUGGAGAAAUCUAUGUACGGAUCAUCAACAACAUGUACACCUUUUCACAUAGAUCAAAUUCAUUUAACUUACUGCUCAUGAUGUCGUGGACAUAGUGAUUUUUAUAUCCAGUUAUUUAUUCAACUCAUUUUAAGGUGGUAUUUACUGGAGAAAACUUAUAACAGCACUAUCUGAUUUUAGACACAAACAUGUAUGUUUCUGAGAUUAGCGUCUUUGAAAUGGUCUCUGUGUCGGGCACAGGGUGAAGACAUCGCAACCAACUUGUCUCUGAGAAGAUCUCAGAUUAUCUCACGAUAUUAUUCAAAAUAAAUCUAUAUAUAUAUAUUGUGUAUAUGGAGCGUUUGGUACAUUUGUAAGGAUAUGUAGCUUGUUGUUUGAAGUAAACUGAGACAGGCAUGUGUAUUGUAGUGGCCGACAUCUGUCUUGAGCUCAGUGUAUUAUACUGUACAGAACUAAUGUGUAUACUGAAUUGUACAUUUUAUUCAGAGUGGCAUGGCCACAGCAUGACGUUCGGGAGGGAGGGAGGGAGUAAUCAUUGUUCCUAUGUGCAGUCUGGGGGGAAAAUGUUCAGUGUCACAGAAAACUGUGUGGUGCAUGCUUAACUGUGAUUGUGUAUCUGCCAGUACGCAGAAGAUGACUCCAGACCCUCAUUCCUGAAGACACCCCCAACUUCAUGCCAUUUCUCCUGGAGCCAGCAUCUUCUGGAGCCAUUUCUCCUGGAGCCAAUUCUUCUGGAGCCAGCGUCCUCUCAUCUGUCUAUUUAUUGUGCAUGUGUCAGAGCUUUCUGUAGUCAUUGACUAGUUCUCUACAGGAGGUGGUUCUUCUGUGACCGGUUGAUUUUCUCCACCGACUGGAUUCUAUCCACUGGCUCCAUCUGUUUCACUUGACAUGUUAUCGGAGUGUACACUCAGGACCAGGUGGAGGACAUGUGUCUGGGUGUAAGACUGACGGCUGCUUACUGGCAGAGCUGGACUCGUGUGCAUGGUACGAAUGGAACUGACAGUAGAGAGAGUUGUUGCUGUGACCCUUUAGUGAGUGUACAUGCCUCACAAUAUGAUAGCAGUGUAUACAUAUUGUAGCAACUGUGUCAGUUUGUUUUAUCUGGUCUUAUGUCACGUCAGUUUCUUUAAUAUAUGCUAUUAUUAUUAUUAUUAUAUUGAUGAUAUGGCAUGUUCUGCUAAUAAACAACUCUUAACUAUGA